GAAGAGGGGCCACAAAGGGGCCCAAAGGAGGAAGCAGGUAUCAGCAGAAGUUCUAGAAAGCUCUGGAAAUCUUCUCUUCACGCCUCACUGGCUGGUAAAGCAGCUCCGGAAGUUGUGUGGUGUUUUCCCUCCCCUCCGUGUGUAACAGUGCUCUCAACCUGGCUUCGGACGCUUCCAGGGAUGGGGCAGCCACAGCUUCCCUGGGCUACCUGUGCGAGGGCCUGCUCACCCUCCCAGGGAGGAAUUUUCCUUCCAAUAUCUAAUCUAAACUUGCCAUUCCACCUUGUCCUGUCACUCCAGGCCUUUGUCCAAAACCACCCUCCAGCUUCAUUGUAGGCUCCCUUCAGGUGCUGGAAAGCCCCAGUUAGGUCACCUCGAAGCCUUCUCUUUUCUAGGCUGAACAAUCCCAGUUUUCUCAGCCUUUUCUCACAGCAGAGGUGCUCCAACCCUCUGAUCAACUUGGUGUCCUUCCUCUAGACUCACUCCAAUGGGUCCAUGUCCUUCCUGUGCUGGUGCCCCCAGAGCUGGAAGCAGGGAUCUGGAUGGGAUCUUACCUGAGCAGAGCAGAGAGGCAGAAUCAUCUCCCAUCUGGAGCUGUGGCUUGGAAGUGCCACUGUGCAAAGGUGUAGGAGAAGUGACUGGCACAAUGGGAAGCAGGAAUUUCAAUGUUAAAAAGGGUUUCCAUGCCCUGAGGUGCCUCAGGCACCUGAGGGCCUCACUUUUUACAAAAGGGCUGGGAGGACUUUGCUCUCCAGAGCGUGGGCAUCCAGCAGCAGUCCUGAAAGCCUGUGGGCGUUAUCAGCCAGUGGGGAAGGAGAUGGUCCUUUUGGGACACCCUCAGGAUAAAGACUCUCCUAAUUCCAAACUGUCCUUUCCAACUGGAGGUUGUGGUGGUCCUUUGCAACUUGGGAUAUUCUGUGGUCUCUUAGAACAAGAGCGUCCUGUUCCCUCUGUGGUGCUUGGUGCUGUGUCAGGAUCUUUCCAGAAAGCCGGAGCUCCCUGCCUGCCAUCCGGGAUCAGCAUGCCACAUUCUGAACGAGGAGCCUGGCCAAGAAAAAUUUGGAAAGAGCUGCGGAAUUCUAAGAAUACAUCAGCUCUGAGGGCACAGGAGCACCCAGCAACCCUGCAUUUGAGCUCUCCAGACAUGUGGGAAUUGGGACGGACACGGCAUCAGGGAUGGGACUAAUGGGAAAGCACAGUCUGGCGUACUUGAAGGCCACACAAGAGUCUGGCAAAGAGCACUUUUCCUUGAGUAAGUCAAGUGAGUGUGUGCAAGUGAGUUAGCGCUCUUUGGUUACUUUUGCAAGAGAUGCAGAGUUUUAGCAUUAAACAACAAUCCUGAUGUAAUGUGCCAA